ACCGGACUGCUGACAUCUAAUUGUCACUUUGUGAAAAAUUUUACUUGAUUUUGUUUAUUUAAAUAUGGACUCGUCUAAUUUAGCUUCAGGAGACAACAACAUAUCUCAACAUAUUCCCUCAAAAAUAAACGAAGCCAAUAAGCAAGAUGCGAAAGAAGUCGAAGCUCAAGUAACUAAAGCUGAUCAAGGGUCAGCAUCUCAAGUUGAUGACGAGACAAAAAUUAAAGAACGUAUUGCCCAAUGUCGAAGCAUAAUAGAGUCACUGAAAUUUGAGCUCAGCGAAGAGAAGUCAAAAUUAGAAAUGGAGAGUAAAAUUACCCAUAUUCCAGUAGUUGAAGAUACCAAACCUGCAUAUUCAUACACACAUGAUGGCGUCUCCACCUCCCAAAGUCUGCAGGAAAGUUUCAAAGACAGUUCAAACCCAUAUGUGACGUGUGUUGACGCUAAAUUAAACUAUGAUGAGAAUCUCAUUGAGUACGAAAAGCAGUUACAGAAGUAUCAGACUACUCUUAACAUGGCUCAGAUGGAAAAGAAGAAUGCCAUUAGAAAGCAGAUGUUGGCUAAGGCUUUCAAGUUGAAACUUCUUGAGGUAGAGAAUCAGUGCAACAUUGAAUUGUUGAGAGUAAAGCAAAGCCUGCAGUGCUUAGAGCCUCUGAAGAUGAUUGUCAACCAAUGGAAGAAUACAGUGGAGGACAAUACUUACGAUGCUAAUAACUUUGUAUUGAUGCCGAGAUAUCCCGAGUUGAAAGCAACAUCCGGAAGUGACGUUGGUUCCAUGAAAGGGGAUAACGAAAACGUUUUUGAUAUAUCCGAGUACCGUUUAGAUUCGAGUUGUUAGUUUCUGAUUUCAAAUAAUUAUUUUAAUAUUACUGUUUAUGUAGCAAAAACUGUUUUUCUUGUGUUUGUUAGAUACCUAACAGAGGGCUGACCACUAACAUCGAAUUCGAAUAAUCGAAAAUAGCCUCUCUAUUGAUUUAUAAAGAAGCAGAUACCUAACGAUUUUUCGAUGAUGACGGUAGGCCAUCUGCUUCCCUAACAAAUAUUCCGCUGUUAAUAAUUAUUUUACCUGAUAAAUAAAAUUUGCAGAGCAUGUA